GUUUAUUCAAAAAAUGGUUCCACAGUCUAAAAAGCUAUCUAACUUGGGCUCAUCACAGGCAAAUGAAAGCUUUAAUAACUUAAUUGCUCUCAAAGCUCCAAAAACCAAACAUUUCUCCACAUCAGCAUCUUUAAAUUACAGAGUCAGCUCAGCUGUACUCCAAAAGAAUGAGGGUUAUAAUUACAUUGCUGAGUUAAACACAUCUAUAGGCCUGUCACCUGGAAAUGAGACCCUAAGCAGGGGUAAUAAAUUAAACAAGAAGAGAGAGGGCAACAAAAACAGAUUCAAAAGCAAACAGGGAAAAAGACAACGUAAAGUUCUCAAAAAGAAACGCCUCCAAAAAACAACAGUGGCUGAAGUCAAAGAAGGGAGAACAUACCACAGUUCAAUCGGGUUAGAAGAUUUUGCAACAAUAGACAUAGAAGAAAUACCUGCAAUUCCUGAAGCUGAAACCUUUACAAACAUAGAUGAUGCACCAAUAGUUUGUUUUGAUUUAGAGACAACUGGUUUAAGUAGAUAUUCUGAUAUAACCCAGAUAGCUGCAUGCACCAAAGACAGUUCCUUCAGUCGAUAUAUAUUUCCAGACCAACAAAUUUCAAGAGAAGCAUCAGAAAUAACAAAAAUCACUAUUGUAGGACAAAAAAUGUAUUACAAUGGUAAUGCUGUUGUUUAUAAGCAUAAACAUGAAGGAAUGACUGAUUUUUAUACGACCUUAGAUGGAUCACAAGGAUCAUCAGAUUUGAAAAUUGGCGAAAUAUAA